AUGUCUGAUUCAGAACAAUCCAUCAAGGUUCUAAACGAACUUCUAGAGAAGUUGGCUAUUGCCACUCCAGAAAACAGAACUGACGUUGCUGUUGAGGUUGCUACUUUUGUCAAUGGUAAUAUCAUUGAACAUGAUGCUCCAGAACAUUUCUUCAACGGAUUGUUUAAGGCUAUCAAGGAUAAGAAGACUGCUGCUAAUGCUCUAGAGACUGUCACUCAUAUUGCAAGCAAGUCCGAUCUUUCUCCAAGUGUCGAACCAUUCAUCAUCACAGCAGUUCCAGCUAUCUGUGAGCAAACGGCUAACAAGGAUCAAGCGAUCCAAGCUGCAGCUUCACAAGCUUUAUUGGCUCUUGUUAAUGCAAUCAACCCAGUUGCUGUUAAAGCUUUGUUGCCACAUUUGAACACUGCUUUAAGCAACACCAACAAAUGGCAAGAAAAGGUUGUUGUAUUGGAAGCUAUCACUGCUUUAGUUGAUGCUGCUAAGGAACAAGUUGCUCUAAGAAUGCCUGAGUUGAUUCCAGUUUUAUCUGAAGCUAUGUGGGAUACCAAGAAGGAAGUUAAAAACGCUGCCACUGCUACUAUCACCAAGGCUACUGAAACUGUCGACAACAAGGAUAUUGACCGUUUCAUUCCAAAGUUGAUUGAGUGUAUUGCUAAUCCAAAUGAAGUUCCAGAAACUGUUCAUUUGUUAGGUGCUACUACUUUCGUUGCUGAAGUUACUCCAGCUACUUUGUCCAUCAUGGUUCCAUUGUUGGCUAGAGGUUUGGCUGAAAGAGAAACUUCUAUCAAACGUAAAGCAGCUGUCAUCAUUGACAACAUGUGUAAAUUGGUCGAAGACCCACAAGUUGUUGCUCCUUUCUUGAGUAAAUUAUUGCCAGGUUUGAAGAACAAUUUCGCCACCAUUGCUGACCCAGAAGCUCGUGAAGUCACUUUAAGAGGUUUGAAAACUUUGAGAAGAGUCGGUAACGUUGGUGAUGACGACACAUUACCAGAAGUUUCUCAUGCUGGUGAUGUUGAAACCACUCUUGGUGUUAUCAACGAGUUGUUGAAAUCUGAAAGCGUUGCACCAAGAUUCAAACCUGUUGUUGAGUACGUCGCUGCCAUCGCUGGUGAUUUGAUCGAUGAAAGAGUCAUUGAUCAAUUAGCUUGGUUCACUCACGUUACUCCUUACAUGACUAUCUUCUUACAUGAAAGAAAGGCUAAGGAAAUUAUUGACGAAUUCAGAAAGAGAGCUGUUGAUAACAUCCCAGUUGGUCCAAACUUCGAUGAUGAAGAAGAUGAAGGUGAAGAUUUAUGUAACUGUGAAUUUUCUUUGGCUUACGGUGCUAAGAUCUUAUUAAACAAAACUCAAUUAAGAUUGAAGAGAGCUAGAAGAUAUGGUCUUUGUGGUCCAAAUGGUGCUGGUAAGUCUACUUUGAUGAGAGCUGUUGCUAACGGUCAAGUUGAUGGUUUCCCAACCCAAGAAGAAUGUAGAACUGUCUAUGUUGAACACGAUAUCGAUGGUACUCACGCCGAGACCUCUGUCUUGGACUACGUCUUUUCCGGUGAUGUCGGUACUAAAGAAGCUAUCACUGAAAAAUUGAGAGAAUUCGGUUUCUCUGAUGAAAUGAUCUCCAUGCCAAUCGCUUCUCUAUCUGGUGGUUGGAAAAUGAAAUUGGCUUUGGCUAGAGCUGUCUUGAGAAAUGCUGAUAUCUUAUUGUUAGAUGAACCAACCAACCAUUUAGACACUGUCAACGUUGCUUGGUUGGUAAACUACCUAAACACAUGUGGUAUUACCUCCAUCAUUGUUUCUCAUGACUCUGGUUUCUUGGACAAUGUCUGUCAAUACAUUAUUCACUACGAAGGUCUAAAAUUGAGGAAAUACAAGGGUAAUUUGUCCGAAUUCGUUAAGAAAUGUCCAACUGCUCAAUCUUACUACGAAUUAGGUGCUUCUGAUCUAGAAUUCAAAUUCCCAGAACCAGGUUAUUUGGAAGGUGUUAAGACUAAACAAAAGGCCAUCGUCAAAGUCUCUAACAUGACUUUCCAAUAUCCAGGUACUUCUAAACCACAAAUUUCUGACAUCUCCUUCCAAUGUUCUCUAUCUUCAAGAAUUGCUGUCAUUGGUCCAAAUGGUGCUGGUAAAUCUACUUUGAUCAAUGUCUUGACUGGUGAACUGCUACCAACUACUGGUGAAGUUUACACUCACGAAAACUGUCGUAUCGCUUACAUUAAGCAACACGCUUUCGCUCAUAUUGAAUCUCAUUUGGACAAGACUCCAUCUGAAUAUAUUCAAUGGAGAUUCCAAACUGGUGAAGAUAGAGAAACCAUGGACAGAGCCAAUAGACAAAUUAACGAGGAUGAUGCUCAAGCGAUGAACAAAAUCUUCAAAAUCGAGGGUACCCCAAGAAGAAUUUCCGAAAUUCACGCAAGAAGAAAGUUCAAGAACACCUACGAAUAUGAAUGUUCUUUCUUGUUAGGUGAAAACAUAGGUAUGAAAUCGGAAAGAUGGGUUCCAAUGAUGUCCGUUGACAACGCUUGGCUUCCAAGAGGUGAAUUGGUCGAGUCUCACUCUAAAUUGGUCGCUGAAGUUGAUAUGAAGGAAGCUUUGGCUUCUGGUCAAUUCCGUCCUUUAACUAGAAAGGAGAUCGAAGAACACUGUGCUAUGUUGGGUUUGGAAUCUGAAUUAGUCUCUCACUCCAGAAUUAGAGGUUUGUCCGGUGGACAAAAGGUCAAAUUGGUCUUGGCUGCAGGUACUUGGCAAAGACCUCACUUGAUUGUCUUGGAUGAACCUACCAAUUAUUUGGAUAGAGACUCCUUAGGUGCUCUAUCUAAAGCUUUGAAGGCCUUCGAAGGUGGUGUUAUUAUCAUUACUCACUCUGCUGAAUUCACUAAAGAUUUGACGGAAGAAGUCUGGGCUGUCAACAACGGUGUUAUGACACCAUCUGGUCACAACUGGGUCAGUGGUCAAGGUGCUGGUCCAAGAAUCGAAAAGAAGGAAGAUGAAGAGGACAAAUUUGACGCUAUGGGUAACAAAAUCAGCGGUGGUAAGAAGAAGAAGAAGUUAUCUUCCGCUGAAUUGAGAAAGAAGAAGAAGGAAAGAAUGAAGAAGAAGAAGGAAUUAGGUGAUGCUUACGUCUCUUCCGAUGAAGAGUUCUAA